GGAGUUAUCCUACCUGGCUGGAUUUCUGAAAGUUCAUGAAAGUUGUACCAGAGCGGAAUAGAACUAUUUAAUUUGGAACUGACGGCCAUUCUGACAUGCAUGAUUCAGACAUGACAUGCAUGAAGUGAUGCUUCAUGUCACACGCAGGCAUUUCACGCGUGUUUUGGUGGACCUCCCCCACACUGUCGCCUUUCAAAACCUUAGCAUGCUGCUGUUGACACUCAUGGCUUUGUGCCUUGACCUUGUGCCCGCUCAAACACCCACCUGGGAUGUUGAUGGGCAGAACAAGGCCUGCCGUCACACUAAAACCUGGGUCGUCUAUGAGGGCUACUUCGGGAAGCAUUACUGCACCGAAACUCUGGAAGACUGUAAGGCACACUGUGAGAACACUGCAGGGUGCAAGGGUGUGGAAUUCUCAGCCGAAUGGUCUUGGGCGGGCUUGGGCACUGGCGGCCGGUGUGAAGUAUGGUUUGUUGACAUCAACGUCACCUGGCCUGACUACACGAAACACCAGGUGACUUGCCUUCGCUACCACAACAACCCUUUGCAAGUGAAGAAGUUGAGCUUCAGUGAGGGCCUAACAGGUGCCUGUCGUGGUGCCUCGAGUACCGACACCUCCGUUUGCUACUACUCCGUGCACAGCACUCAACCUUGGCAAACAGCAUGGUACUCUCGGCCAAAGCUCACCCUGGAAGACUGCAAGAAGCGUUGCAGCUCCCAGGCAAACUGCACGGGCAUCGAGUUCGAGGAGGAGACGGGCUACUGCGAGGCAUGGAAGGUCCCCAUCACGGCCACCUCUGACGUCCCAGGCUACCGGUGCUACCGGGUGGAGGGGACCGGAACUGAGGCCACCGAGCCCGCGGUGGUGUAUCCAUAAAGGGUCCGCGCCUGCCCGCGGUGGCUCGCCUCGCCUCCGAAGCAAGAAAUGCUUGAAAGUGGGCAGAGACCCGCUCAUGAGCUGCAAGAUGCAGCUGAUGGGUUAGUUUGUACACGCCUGAAAGGCAAGCACAAGCCAGACCUCAUGAGACAGAUUAAAAGGCCAGGGCUCUAGAGCUGAAAGCAACUGAAUUCCCAUUGUGUGAGAGGCCGCUACUUCUGUCAUGUUGGGUCUCUUGCCUUUCUGGCGCCAAUUCACCACUGGUGCUGACCACCAGUGUGCUGUGAUGCUGCUGCUAUAGACACGUUUCAUCAGCUUUUGCGGCCGAACACAGCUAGCGAUUCCAACAAGAUGUGUCCAGAUGGCGCCAAAAA